ACAUAUUUCAAAACAAAUUAUUUAACACAAAAAAAAUUUCAGAUAAACGGUCACAAAAUCUCAUUAUUCUUUAGCCAAUCAUUUGCUGUAAUUGAGAAAACAUAUCAUAUUUUAGAGAUAUAUCAGUGAAAUAUUAUUAGAAAAGUCGGAAAAACAAGUGAAAUGUUUGCAGAAACUGAACAAAUUUAUCAGGAUUUUGAUUUCAAUCACYUGACUUCAGGUGGUGUCGACACUGUUGACAAUGACUGCAAAUCUUUGUCGGACUCGACAGACACCACACCGACAGACAGUGUCAAUCGCAUUGAUAUGUUGCCGGAAGCAGUCAAACGAAGAGUCUAUGCAUUGAAAAAACUGAACGAACAGAAAAAGACUGUUGAGUUUCAGUUUGUCGAAGAGUUUCUCCAAUUGAUCAAAAAGUACGAACAGAUGUACGAACCGUUUCACGAAAAACGAGCCCAAAUCGUGUCGGGAAAAUGCGAUCAAUUGGACGACUAUUUUCUCGAUGACUACAACAGCCAAGUCMUACACCAGACACAAGUCGCCGGAAUUCCCGAUUUUUGGCUAAAAGUUUUGUGCGCUUCGAAAGACUUUUCAAAACGCAUUUUUGCUGAAGAUUUGCCAGUACUCAGACAUUUGAUGGACAUUCGGGUGACAACCGAACCACAGGAGCGAAAGUUUUCGCUAGAGUUUUACUUCUCACCCAACGAGUACUUCACCAACGAUGUCAUCUGCAAAGACUUCUACCUGAAGAUCGAUCUGCAACAGACAGAUCUGUGUCGUCCGUUGAAAGUUGUGUCCACUGAUAUCGAGUGGAAAGACGGCAAAUGUAUUCCGUAUGACAAAGUUAUCGACCAAAAUACUGGUCAAGAGGUGUAUAACUAUUAUGACUCGUUCUUCGACUAUUUUUGGACAUCAAAUGAAGAUAUAGAGGACUACGAGUGUCUUGAAUACGACUGGAAUGUGUCAMGAGAUCUAAUACAAGAGUUGGUGCCAAAUGCUGUCAACUAUUUUACUGGUCAUCUCUUCAUUGGCGAACAUUGCGAGAAAUGCAUUGCUGUUGUCAAUGAACACAACGAAGAACUCGUUGAAAAUCAAUACAAUUAUGAAGACAAUCAAAGCGAUGAUAAUGGCUAUUAUGGUGAAGAAGACAUCAAUCAAGAGGUCGUGGAAGACGAAGAAAGAGAUGAAGAAGAGGAGGAGAAAGAUGUGAAUGAAGAUCAAGACUCACAAGAAAUACAUUCACAAAGUUAUGAAUGAUUAAUGAGAUGUCGACAAAAGUUUUUUAGAGUUUUUUCUAUACUCUAUAUUUGUAGUUAAAAAAUGCAAAAUUUUA